AUAGAGGAAGGGCGGGACUUCCUGUCCGUGACGCAACUGGCAAAGUGGAAGACCCGCCGUCAAUCAAAUUAGAAAAAGAAAAAAAAAACUGGACCAAAGCGAGCGCAGGCACCGAUUAAAGUAGCCAUGCUCGGAGUGUUAUUAACCGCAGAUAUAAGUCGUCUGUAAAGAGCUCACGUAAUGACCGCGCCUGAAGGGCCAGUGAAGGCGGGAGUGAUGGCGGACAGCUGCAGCGCUCAGGACGGUUCAGAGCAGGACGGACAGCCCUCGUCGCUCGCCCUGCUCGCCGCCACAUGCACCGGCCUCGGCUCGCCCGCUCAAGGACCCGAGAACCGGACAAACUCUGAUAAUGCUGCCGCUGCUGGAGGGGUGAACCUCUCAGUGCAGUUGACAGGGUCGUCUGAAAGGUGGGAGGCAGUGAAGGAUGAUUCAAGUGUCCUGCAUCUCCCCGGCACGGGUAUCGUCACGUCCAAUGGACAGUAUGUUCUUCCUCUCCAGAGCCUCCAGGGUCUCCAGAACCAGCCCAUCUUACUCACGCCAGGGACCGACGCGUCCGGCGGCGCAGUGCCUAAUAUCCAAUACCAAGUCAUCCCUCAGGUGCAGACGGCCGAAGGGCAGCUGGGUUACUCUGCCGUCGAUGGGGCCUCAAUGGCGCAGGACGCCGCAGGGCAGAUCCAGAUCCUCCCAGACGGCACCCAUACCAUCAGCGUCUCGGCAUCCGCCGACCUUCUCAGCAACAGUCAGAACCUCAUGACCCAGUCUGGCCAAGUGCACCAGAUCCCGCAGGUGUCUCUGGGAAGCUCGACCUUCAGCACUCAGGGUCAGGUGGUCACUAACGUGCCUCUGGGUUUGCCUGGGAACAUUACCUUUGUGCCCAUAAACAGCUUGGAUCUGGACUCUCUGGGACUCUCGGGAGCUCAGCCAAUCGCCACCGGCAUCACGGCUGACGGACAGCUCAUCAUGACCAAUCAGAGCAUAGAGAAUUCUGACGGCUCGGAGAAAGCAGGGGAACAGCAACAGACACUCAACUCUAAUGCAGCCCAGGACAUGUUUGUGCCUACAACAUCUUCAGCAUCCUCCUCGCAGCAGCACACCAGCACGAUAGACGGCACGGGCGUGUUGACGCAGGCUGACGGCUCAGGAUACCUCAGUCAGGUGUCUGGAGGACAGCAGGUGAUCCAGUUACAGCAGAUGCCCUUGCAGACUGGCGAGGGUCAGGUGUCUGCUCAGGCCCAGCAGUCUCUCCAAAACAUCCAGCUCAUCAACCCAGGAACAUUCCUCAUCCAGGCCCAAACAGUCUCUCCGUCAGGACAGAUACAGUGGCAGACCUUCCAGGUCCAAGGAGUUCAGAACCUCCAGAAUCUUCAGCUGCAGACGGCUCCAGCUCAGCAGAUCACUCUUGCCCCGGUGCAGACGCUGUCUCUGGGUCAGGGAGGUACAGCAGUCAGCCUGACCUCAGGACAGAUGCCUAACCUGCAGUCGGUGACGGUGAACGCUGUGGGCCAGACAGGCAUUCAGUUCCAGCAGUCGGAGGACACAGACAGCACUGGAGAUAUUCAGAUUAAGGAGGAGCCUGAUUCGGAGGAGUGGCCUCUGGACAGUAGCUCUACGCUGAAUGCCAAUGACCUCUCUCACCUUCGUGUUCGUUUAGUGGAGGAGGAGAUGGAGGGAAUGAACCAGGAGGGCAAACGUCUGCGCAGGGUCGCAUGCACCUGCCCCAACUGCAAAGAGGGAGGCGGGAGGGGAUCUAACAUGGGCAAGAAGAAACAGCACGUGUGCCAUAUAGCCGACUGCGGGAAGGUGUACGGGAAGACAUCUCACUUGAGAGCUCACCUGCGCUGGCACUCGGGAGAGAGACCCUUUGUGUGCACCUGGAUGUUUUGUGGGAAGAGGUUCACACGCAGUGAUGAAUUACAGCGACACAGGAGAACACACACUGGAGAGAAGAAGUUUGUGUGUUCAGAGUGUUCGAAGAGAUUCAUGCGCAGCGAUCACCUGGCCAAGCACAUAAAGACGCAUCAGAACAAGAAGGGAGGGGGCGGAGCCGUUGUGGCCAGUGUGGGCGGAGCCAUGUCCUCGGACAGCAUCAUCACGACGGGUGGCACCACACUCAUCCUCACCAACCUCCAGCCCGGCACCAUGCAGGGCCUGGCCACCGUCAGCGCUACCGUCAACACGUCUAGCUCACAGGACCAGCUGGGCGCAGCUGAGAUUCCUCUGCAGUUAGUCUCUGUGUCCGCCGGGGACGCAGCCGAGUGACGACGGACCGCUGCUCUGGGAUGCAGCUGAGAAGUCAGUUGGACUGCCAAGCUUCUGCCUCUUCCUCACAUCCUCAUUUUGACUACAUCGAUUCCACGCUCACGCAUAUACCUUGCUUUUAUACCUUUACAUAUUUACCCUCCUUUACGUAAAUAUGUACAUUUACGUGAAUGCAUAUAUACACACAUAUAUAUAUAUGUAUAUUUUACAAAUAUAGAAUUAUUGGGGGUUUUGUUCAUGUUUUUAUGAGGGAAGCAUUAUUUCUUGUUUUCACGUACAACACUGAAAUGCCUUAUAUUGUAUUAUAAGCUGGCGUGUACAAAGCUGGAGUUCUUCAUGGGUGUCAA